CAAUUAUUCCGCGUUGGCCUGGACGUGGCAAAUGAGGAGAUAGCAGAGGAGAGCGGAGAGCUACUUCCAUAUUCUGUAGCGAAAGCACAGCAGAAAUACAAUUUGUUCAUUUACAUUUCUUUUUAGAAUAGGUAUUCAAAAGGUGAUUUUCUUCAUACAACAUGGGUCUCACGAUCUCGAAUCUCUUCGGCAGGCUUUUUGGAAAGAAACAGAUGAGGAUACUUAUGGUUGGGUUGGAUGCUGCUGGGAAGACCACUAUCUUAUACAAACUGAAGCUGGGAGAGAUUGUAACCACCAUUCCUACAAUUGGCUUUAACGUGGAGACCGUGGAAUACAAAAACAUCUGCUUCACCGUGUGGGAUGUCGGCGGCCAGGACAAGAUCCGCCCCUUGUGGAGACACUAUUUCCAGAACACGCAGGGUCUCAUCUUCGUGGUGGACAGUAACGACAGAGAGCGCGUCGCAGAGUCGGCAGACGAACUCCAGAAAAUGUUGCAGGAGGACGAGCUGCGGGAAGCCAUCUUGUUGGUCUUCGCUAACAAACAGGACCUGCCCAACGCCAUGACUGUGGAGGAGCUGACCGACAAACUCGGGCUUCGGAGUCUACGAAGCAGAAACUGGUUCGUCCAGGCUACCUGCGCUACACAAGGAAACGGUCUGUAUGAUGGACUGGACUGGCUAUCCAACGAGCUGAGCAACAAGCACUAAAGACAACAGGAGGAAGACUGGCAUGAAUGAGAGAGAGAGAAAGAGAGAGAGAGAGAGACAGAGAGCGUAGGAGAGAGUGGCAGAUGGGAAUUUCAACCGGAGGAAACAAAAACAAAAAAACAAAAAGAAAAAGUUUGUCUAAAUUGUGCGUCUGUCUGGUAGAACUUGAACUUAUGGACUUUACAAUCACUUUGUGUUGUGAAACUUUGAUUUUCUACAGAACUUGUUUUGUCCACUCUUUUCUGUUUUUCUCCUGACAUUUAAAAAAAAUGUUUUAAUUAGCAUGUUCUAAACGGUGAAAGUGAAUGAUGGUGUCUGUGGUAACGGAGGAAGAAGCUCCUGGAGAGGCACGUUUUUAAGGUCUGCCAGCCACCAGCCAGUUUCAGCCAUUUUGUUUUAGCCCGUCUCCUUGAAGCUUUUUUCAGUGUGGGGUAAAUGAGCCGUAGCAAGAGAGUUUGUUCUGAAACCAGGAGUGAAGAAGGUAGGUUGUACAGAACAAUCUUUGAAGGUAAUAACAAGGGCCAAUCUAUUGCAAUAAUGAAGUGUAUCUCCCGCGUAUUACCAACUACAGUCCCAUCAAAAGUGUUGGAACAGCAAGGUCAAUUCCUUUGUUUUUCGCUCUACACUGAAGACAACGGAGUUUGAGGUCAUGAGAUGUGCAUGAGAUGACGGAUCUGAAUUUCAGCUUUUAUUUCCUGGCAUUUUUAUCUAGAUUUGUGAAACAACUUAAAGUAUCAGACCACCCAAUAUUUAGGUGAGCAAAAGUAUUGGAACAUGUGACAGAGGUGUUUCCUGUUGCCCAGAUGUGUCCUGUUAGAUUGAUUGGUUAAACAAUAAAUAGUUCUGAAUGUGUAUGCUUGGUUCUAGCCAUGGGUUUUGCCUGUGAAGACUGCAUUUGUGUUAGAAAAGAUAAACCAACAUGAAGACCGGAGAGCUUUGGGAGAAAGGCAAGCCAUUUUGAAGCUUGGAAAAAGAGGGGAAAUUGAUCAAAGCCAAUGCACAAGCAUUGGGGACAGCGUCACAAAAGAAGAAUGCAACAGUUUGGUGAUGUCAAUGGGUCGCAGGCUUGAUGCAGAUAUUGCAAGCAAGUGAUGACCAAAUAUGAACUGUCAUUUACUUAAAUACUCUGCUCUCUUCUGCUCAACUAAUCAUUGGGGUGGUCUGAUAUCAAAGGUGCUAUGUAGUAGUUUAACGCAUCUCGGUGUAAAUACCAGGAAAUAAAAGCUGAAAUUCUGAACCCUUUGUCUCGUGUUAAUCUUUUAACUCCACCCCAAAUGUAUUCAGUGUAUAGCAAAAACAAAGGAAUUGGCCUUGCCGUUCCAAUGCUUUUCGAGGGGACUGUAUAUCCCCAUCUAUAAUAUAAUCUGUGUUCAGUUUCGAGAAAAGAAUGGAAGGACAUUUUUAUUUAGGCGUGUGUGCAUUUAUGUAGGGAGUUAAGUGUUCCUCUGUGCUAGCUCAUGGUGUUGCAUUAUUUUGUACAGUGCUUGGAUAUUGCAGCUUGCUCCUACGGUACAGGGGGAGGAGGGAGGGGGGGGUGGUGCAAGAUUGUGUAACUUCCCCUUUUCGUGAUGUCCCUGCCAGUUCCCCUGUGCAAUGCAUACAUUCCCGCAGCACCCAAACCAUGCAUGAAAUAAAACAACCUCAGAUAUGUCGCAAUUUGUUGUAAAAAAAAACAAAAACAAAAACAAAAAACGAAAUAAAACAUACUGCGAAAUAA